AUGGUACAGACGCAGUUCAGUAAAAAAGUUAAGUUUGUGCGACACGACGGAGCUCGCGAGUUUGCAACCAACUCGCUUCAACUGUUCUACGAAGACGAAGGCAUUGAACAGCAGACAACGGUGCCGUAUGCACAUCAAACAAACGGAACAGCAGAGCGUGCCAUUAGGACUAUUGUCACGAUCGGCCGCAGCAUGUUUCAUCAUGCUAAGCUGGACAAGUGUUUCCGGGCUGAAGCAGCAGUGACGGCCAUCUACGUCAAGAAUCGACUGCCGUCACCUGAAGUCGUGCACAAGACCCCGUUUGAGAUCGUCUACAACUCGAAACCAAGCGUCAAGCACAUGCGAGCAUUCGGGUUUCAGACGUACAUACUGACGCCGAAAGAAAGUCGUCUCAAGUGGGAUCCAAAGGCUCGCGCUGGGAUAUUCUUGGGCUACGAAGAAGCAUCCAAAGCGUACCGCGUUUAUGACAUCGAGGCGGGGCAGGUGGUUAUCAUUCGCGAUGUCAACUUUGACGAGUUCACCUUUGGACUUUUGCCGCCGAUCACUGAUGAAGAUACCGAUGGCCUUGACUUAGCCUCCAUCGAGCUGGAUGAUGAAGCGCCGGAAGAAUCGAGUGCGCCAAAUAACCACGUGGCCCACCAAGAAGAAGGGGAAGAAACGAAGAAUGCUGAUGCAUCGACUCCACCUUCAUUUUGGCGUGCGAGUGCGAACGCCAUCAAAAUAGCAGCGGACUUAUCGGAGCCCUCAACACUUGAGGCAGCAGUAAGCGGCCCUGACCAAGUGCACUGGAGAAAAGCAAUUCAUGCAGAGCUCGAGUCAAUGCGACUUCGCGGUGUGUUUCGUGCAGCCAAGCUGCCCAACGGACAACGCGCCAUUGGCACAAAAUGGGUGUUCAAGAUCAAGCUCAAGGCGCAUAGGUCAAUCGAGAAGUACAAGGAGCGACUUGUGGCCAAGUUUUUUCCGUUAAAAGUGUGGCAUCGACCCACGGAGACUGUUUCGCCCGUCGCCCGUGGUCUAGUAUGUGACGCUGCGAAAGGUGAUCGCAAUUUCCAAGCAUUUUGGAUGGCCCAUCGACCAGAUUGA